AUGUUGGCCUUGACUUCUAUUGAUGUAUCCUAUAAUGACCUAAAAGGUCCUCUCCCAAAUGUCAAGGCUUUCAAUGAGGCCCCAUUUGAGGUAAUACAACAUAAUAGAGGGCUUUGUGGAAAUGUUGUUGAUUUACCAAAAUGCAAUUCCAUCGGGAGUGAGAAACAUAAUCAAUACAUUGGAACCAGAGUCAUAGUUAUCCUCAUUCUCUCAUUCUUGGGGUUUCUCUUUUUCUCUUGCACAUGGGCCAUUCUUGUAAUCGUCAAUCAUCGUCAAAGAAGGAUUAUCAAGAAGGACAACUAUGAACGGGCAAAUGACUUGGAUUUCAUGCGUAUUUUGAGUUAUGAUGGCAAAGUUUUCUACAAUCGAAUCAUCGAGGCCACAGAAGGAUUUGACUCUAAGUACUAUGUGGGUGAAGGAUCAUAUGGAAUUGUUUAUAAAGCCGAGAUAUCAAAAGGUCAAACGGUUGCUAUCAAGCAAACCUCUUCAUCGCAAGAAGAUGGUGAGAUUGUUGAUUUGAUAUCAUUUGAAAGGGAAAUUCAAGCCUUAACGAAUAUACGCCAUCGCAACAUUGUGAAAUUCUAUGGAUUCAGCUCUCAUGCCCAACGCUGUUUUUUGGUGUAUGAGUACAUGGAAAGAGGAAGCUUGAGGACAACUUUGAAUGAUGAUGAAAAAGCAAUAGAAUUUACAUGGGACAAGAGGGUAAAUGUGAUCCGAGGAAUUGCAAAUGCAUUGUCCUAUAUGCAUCACGAAUGUUCACCUUCAUUGAUUCAUCGAGACUUGACUAGUAACAACAUUCUAUUGGAUCGGCAUUAUGAGGCUCAUGUUUCUGAUUUUGGCACUGCAAGGCUAUUGAGGCCAGAUUCGUCAAAUUGGACUCUUAUUGCUGGCACUAUCGGAUAUAUUGCUCCAGAGCUGGCUUUUUCUACAAUGCCUACGGAAAAGUGUGAUGUGUAUAGCUUUGGAAUAGUUGCAUUAGAGACAAUCAUGGGAAAGCAUCCAGGAGAUCAUGUUUCUUGGGAAUGUUCAUCGUCUUCCCAAAUUGAGUCGCCAAUGAUGCUGAAGGAUGUGCUGGAUCAACGUCUCUCACCUUCUAGACUUCAUUUUCGAGAUGCACAGGAUGUGGUCUUGAUUGCCAAGCUAGCAUUCGCGUGCUUGCAGGCCAAUCCACGGCUUCGACCGAGCAUGAGACAAAUCUCACGUGAGCUUUGCAUUCAAGUACCCUUGGAAAUGCCACUCUCUACAAUCAGUUUAAAGCAACUUCGCGAUCUUAGUGUCAAGAAGAUUGGAGCACAUAGAACAGAUGAGCCAGCUUCUCUUUGA